AACAAAAAAAAGGUGUGGAUAAAAAAAAAGGUAAACAGAGUGUUCUUAUCGAGCAAAAAUCCUCCCAAAAUGUCCAUAACCCUGGAACAGAUAAUCCAGGAUGCGAAGCAUGCAGCCAAUCGUUUAAGUGAACAGAGCAAAUUCGCAUCAAGUCUGUAUUUCAAGUGUUUAGUGGUCAAUGAGAAACUGGAAACUAUGAGAAUGCUCCAGGAUGACACAGAGGCACUGAACAGAGUAGCCAGAGGAGGACACACCAACGCUGAACUCGUAAUGGUUAUCAAUCAGGAGAUUCGAGAAAAUCCUCACAUGAGAGAGAUUCAGCAGGAAAACAGGGAACUCAAAGCAUGCCUGGAAGACUAUCAGAGGACAAUGGAGCAAAUAAUGACUAAGUAUCGUGAGCAUACUCAGCGGAAGGUACUGAGCAAUAAACUAGACUUGCCGGACGUGAAUUUCCUGCAGCAGAAGGAUGAGAUCAUCAAGCAGCAGAAUGAGAAGAUCCUGGAGAUGGCUGCUGUGAUGCAGAGAGCAGCUUCAAUGGAUGAGGAUCAAAUUCACAGGGAGACAGAAGGACUCAUUCGACUCGUGAGGGAAAAUGAGGGACUCAGAGAACUCCUGCAAAUCUCCAGACAAUUUGGUUCCAUCAAUUACGGCUCUGACGGCUAUAAAGUCGAGAAGUCUAUUCAGACCAGUGACCUAUCAGAUGAUGAUGAGACGCAAGACAGGACAAUUGAGGAGAAAAAGGACGCAGAUAGUGAGAAAGCCCUAGAAAAUCUUGCCAAUCCGGAACAUCCUGAAGCCAAAGAAUCUCAAAAGUAAAUCCAAUAUUCCCUCCACACCCAUCCAGCCGCUAUUUAUUUAAAGUAAAAUCUUCUGUACGGACAUUUCUUACAGUAUCCUCGAGUAUUUACUCUCAAAUUGUAAAAUAAAGUAUUCAAAAUCAUG